AUGAAGCUCCCCUGGUAUCUGGUGGCCGCGACCGCAGUCGCCGUCACAAAUGCUUCUCCGCACCCCGCACACCAGCAACAGCAACCGCUCGGAAGCUCGAUACCAGCUUCCCCAGGCAGUAUAGAGGAAUUUGAGCAAGCCCACGUUGACAAGUUCAUCAGUAGCGAUCCGCUACUGUCUUUUCACCGGGGCCUAGUCGAGAUUGAGUCUAUCUCCGGCAACGAGCACGAUGUCGGUGUCUUCGUUGCGGAGUUCCUCGAAUCCAAGAACUUCACUGUCGUCAAGCAGAAGGUCGCCCCGGUGAAAGAGAAGGAGGACAAUGGUGAUGAACAGACUCCCAAGACCCGCUAUAACAUCUACGCCUUCCCCACCUCUCUUCAAGAGCAACCCUCAAUCCUUGUCACGAGCCAUAUCGACACUGUCCCGCCCUUCAUUCCAUACUCAGCACACCAGCCCGACGCCCCGAGUCUGAGCUCAAGCACGGGCAACCUCGUUCUUUCCGGUCGAGGCACCGUCGAUGCAAAGGGCAGUGUCGCGGCGCAGGUAUUCGCCGUCCUGGAGACUCUAGAGUCAAACCCAGACGCAAAGCUAGCCCUUCUCUUCGUGGUCGGCGAGGAAAUCGGCGGAGACGGCAUGAAGGUCUUCUCCGAAUCAGCCCUCAACACGAACAGCGCCUACCACACCGUCAUCUUCGGUGAGCCUACCGAGGCCAAGCUCGUCUCAGGACACAAGGGCAUGCUGGGCUUCGAGGUCCUCGCCCACGGAAGAGCUGCGCACUCCGGAUACCCGUGGCUCGGUAAGAGUGCUGUCUCGGGCAUCCUCCCGGCACUGAGCCGUGUAGAUCAGCUAGGUAAUAUCCCCGUCAGCGAGGGUGGUUUACCCUCUUCGUCCAAGUAUGGCCCGACUACAUUGAACAUCGGCACUAUUCGCGCCGGUGUUGCGACGAAUGUUGUCCCCGCGUUUGCGCGUGCGGAUGUCGCUGUUCGUCUGGCAGCUGGUACACCGGAUGAGGCACGGAGGAUUAUUCGUCAGGCUGUGGAGGAUGCGACCCGUGAUGUCGAGGCUGAUGUUGAGGUUGACUUCUCUAAUCACAAUGAGUCGUACGCGCCUCAAGACCUGGACACUGAUGUGGACGGGUUCGAAAUCAUGCCCGUCAAUUAUGGUACGGAUGUGCCGAACUUGAAGGUACGCGAUGGUGUGAAGCGUUAUCUCUAUGGACCUGGAAGCAUAUUUGUUGCCCACGGUGAUAACGAGGCUCUCACCGUGCGCGACGUUAAAGAGGCAGUCUCUGGCUUCAAGAAGCUGAUUGAUGCUGCGCUGGAACGGGAAUGA